UAAAGCAUGAUGCAGAUGUUAAUCGCGGUUGUAAACCUAGUUAGCCUAAAGACAUCCGUACUUCCUCUUUUUUUCGGCUCCCGGCUUCGUACAUAUAGGGCAUUUAUGUCAUGGCAAAAUAAUCCUAUAGGUCGGGUGUUUUCAGACUACUGCUGUGGUGUCAAGAACAAAAUCAUUUCGGGGUUGACAUUAGAUUCCGGUCAAUCCCUUGAACAGAAAUUUGAGGGACGCCUACUCUGUCAUGCUCUGCGCUGUGCCUUUCUGGUGCAGCGAUGGGCAACACCGACAUGGUCGCUAGACGGCACGGAGCUCAUAGUGAAGUAAGCUAGUUGGAAACUGUGAGUAGGUGCACGAAAGGAAUGACGGGAUCUUUUGAGAGUAGAGAGUGUGUAACCUACAUGGGAGGUGGUGAGGGGUUAGGAAAGCCUUUUUGAGGAAGGAACACGUAAACGGGGAACUGAAGAGAGAAGUAGAUGUUAGCUGGGGGGAAGAGUAUGCUAGGCGGCAGGUUCCCAGCAGAGUGGAGAGAGCUGAUGGGAAGAUUCGAGAAAGUCCCUUGGACUUGAAUUCUGGGAGGGAGAAGAGGCUUGAGAGGUUUGGUGGGCACCACGUUAUGGAGGCACCUUGUGAAUCCAGUAACUUCACCAGUUGUCUACCUGUUUUUCAUGGUGACAUUGAAAUCUGCCAGCUGUUUUUUGAACACCUCUCUCAAAAUGGAGUUCCCUGAUUUGGGGAAGCAUUGUUCAGAAAAAACUUGCAAGCAGCUAGAUUUUCUGCCAGUAACGUGUGAUGCAUGUAAACAAGAUUUCUGUAAAGAUCAUUUUACAUUUGCUGCACAUGAGUGUCCCUUUGCGUUCAAGAAGGAUAUUCAGGUCCCGGUGUGCCCACUCUGUAACAGCCCUGUCCCAGUGAAGAAGGGGGAGCUUCCUGAUGUGGUGGUUGGAGAGCACAUGGACCAGGACUGCAAGUCCAACCCUGGGAGGAGUCAUGAGAAGAUUUUUACAUACCGGUGCUCAAAAGAAGGAUGCAAGAGAAAAGAGAUGCUGCAGGUGGUCUGCGACGAGUGUCACAGUAACUUCUGCAUCCGACACAGACACCCUCUGGACCACGGCUGCAAGCAAAGAGGCUGCCCCCACCAGCAGAGCCGGGUGGAAAGUAAGGCGAUGACACCAACGACUGCCCCUCAGCCGGCACAUUAACUUAGUGUAUGCUACUGUAACUCCGUAGGUAACGUUUAUACUCGAGUACUUUCAUAGUGCUCCUGGUAAACAGUCAGAAACUUUAUUAAAACUAUUUAAUAAAAUGUUCUGUCAAAAGAGUUUGUAUAAACAAUCAGAAGAGCAUUAAGUGAUAUUCCAAGGUGGGCUAACCUGAUGAUAAAACAACCUCUUUCCCCCCUGCCCAAAAUAAUAAAAUACAAUAAAGCAGCUGAAAGAACGAAGCAUCUGCCAGAUGGGAGGAUGGUUCUGUUGUGGGCCAAGUUGGUCAGGUACCCUGCCUGGUUGCAGCUCUGUCUUCAGCAUGUGGUUCCAUAGUGGUUGUGGCCAUCCGAGCCCAGGGAAGGGACAGGGAGUGUCGUGCCUCCUUGUUAAGGUCUGGAAGUGGCCCACCAUUCUUCCACUCACUUCCACUGGAGGCAACAUAGUCAUGUGACAAGGGAGGCUGAGGAUUUGCACAAGUUCCCGGGUAAUGCUGAUGCUGCAGGUCUAGGGACUACACUUGGAUAUAUCACUUCUGAAUCUGUGCAGUCCAGUAUGGUGGCCACUGGCUACAUGUACUAUACAGCACAUGAAAUGUACCUAGCGCAACUAGGAACUGCAUUUUAAAUUUUACGUAAGUAAUCAGAAUUUAAAAGCAAUAUGCGGUUCAGUUAUUAGAAAAGUUAGAACUAAGUGUGAUUCUGUUUUUCAACUGUAAAUGUUAUGAGAUGUAAAUAACAGAUCAAGAGUUUCUAAUGAAAAUUUCACAUCCAAAUUGAAGAGUUUACAACACACUGGACUUCGAAGACUUACUGCAAUAGAAAAGAAUUUAAAUAUCAUUUAAGAAUAAUAUUUACACGUUGAAAUGAUAAUAUUUUAGAUACGGUAUAAAUAUUAAAAGUAAUUUCACUUUUUUUGUUUUUGUUUACUGUGGCUACUAGGAAGUUUAAAAUUAAGUAAAAUUCCACUAUAUUUCUGUCAAAAAAGACAGUGCUGUUCUAGAUCAUCCAAAGCCAAAGGACAAACAACAUUAAAUAUCCAUAUUUUAUCAGAAAGGAGAACUAACAAUUUACUAGUCUAUUUUUUUUUUUUUUUUUUUGGUCUUCAGAUUUGAUUGGAAUAUUUAAGUGUAAUACUUAAGAGCUUUCUCAAAAGCUCAAGUUACUUAGAAUUUUUCUUUAAAAGUACUAUGUUAAUAGUAAGAGAUCCAAAUAGCUCACAAGCGGGUGAGUUUGAAAAGUAAAAGUUCCCUGUUCUUUAGUCUUACUCCCCAGAACUCUAGAACGGAGUCACUAUUUACAGUGUCUUUUGCAUCCAGAAUUUUCUGUUUGCUUACAAGUACAUAUCUUUAAAAAUAUAAACAUCCUGCUCCACCUACUGUGUUACCUGAUUUUUUUCGUCUUACUCUGUUACAAACCUCUUUCCAUGCUAACUCACCCUUAGACAGCUGCAUGGUAUCCCAGCAUACUGGCUAUACCCUAACUUUUCUGCCAGUCUGCUGUUGAUGUGCACUGCAUUGAAGGGAAUGUAUAUAUUUUAAGUUUUGAUAGAAGGUGCCAAGCUUGUCCAAAAAGUCAUCCCAAUUUACUGUCCGUUAAUUUCAUGACACCUUCACUGUCUUAGUUAUCUAGUGCUGCUAUAACAGAAAUACCACAAGUGGAUGGCUUUAACAAAGAAAUUUAUUUCUUCACAAUAAAGUAGGUUAAAAGUCCAAAUUCAGGGCAUCAGCUCCAGGGGAAGGCUUUCUCUCUCUCUAGGCCUUCUCAUAGGUCUUCUCCCGGACUAGGACCUUUGCCGCGCAGGGACCCCAGGUCCAAAGGACGCGCUCUGCUCCUGGCAC